AGAAAAGAUAUCUAUGGAUAUGCUACUGGGAAAAAUAAUUGUUUUGGUUAUAAUGAUCGCUGAUUAGAGGAUCAGGUUAGAAAGACCUCGAUAUAUCACUGUAACACUUAACACCAGACUCCUAUGGAAACUGGAUUUUAAACAGGCAGUAAACUGAACAGCUAUGGUAAAGGGUGAAAGGACAGUAGAGUAGAAGACGCAGGGAGUAGAAGAGUUGGUUGUUGAAAGGGAUAACUGUUAACAAAGUGUUGGUUAUGUCUGGGUUAAUGUUUACCUUGAGGACGAGCAGCACAUGGCCUCUGUUCAGGCUGAGCAGUCUGCUGCGGCCUCCGCUCUCCAACAACCACUUGUCUAAAAUGUCGUCAGACUCCCACUGGCUCUCUCCUGCAGACCGGGAUCAGCAGGUGAUGGACCUCAGGAGCUCAGGAUGGGUGGAUGUGGAGGACCGCGAUGCCAUCUUCAAAGAGCUUCACUUUAAAAGCUUUAAUCAGGCAUUUGGCUUCAUGUCACGAGUGGCUCUGCAGGCAGAGAAGAUGAACCAUCACCCAGAAUGGUUCAACGUUUAUAAUAAGGUCCAGAUUACAUUGACCACACAUGACUGUGGAGGACUGUCAAAGCGGGACAUCAAAAUGGCAAAGUUUAUCGACAAAAUUGCACUUUCAAUGUAAUGUCUUUGUCUUUAAUCAGAGCCCACCUUGUUUUUAUGCUUUCAGUCACAACUCUGCUCAGUCAGAGAAUGAUUCCUCGUGUAAAUGAUAAAAUACUAUUCAUUCAUAGACCUGUGAAAGAUAUUCUAUUUUAAUAUUUGUAUUUUGUUUGCAGCAUAUUUUGUACAAGCUUACUCUCAGAAUAAAACUUGUAAAACAG